CGGGCGGCGAGCUGGGGCGCAGCGGGGCGGCAUGGCUGUGUCCUGGAGGAGCUGGCUGGACAACGAAGGGGUUAAACACCUCUGCCUGCUGAUCUGGCUGGCCCUGAACGUCCUGCUUUUCUGGAAAACCUUCCUGCAGUAUAACCAAGGGCCAGAGUACCACUACCUCCACCAGAUGUUGGGGCUAGGAUUGUGUCUAAGCAGAGCCUCCGCAUCUGUUCUAAACCUCAACUGCAGCCUCAUCCUGUUACCCAUGUGCCGGACACUCCUUGCUUACCUUCGAGGAUCCCAGAAGGUUCCAAGCAGGAGAACCAGAAGGUUGUUGGAUAAAAGCAGAACAUUCCAUAUCAUCUGUGGUGUUACCAUCUGUAUUUUCUCAGAGUGUUGUCUAUUGGUGCUACAGAAAAUACGUGUGUCUUAUGCUAAGUUUGACCUCCAAGCUGGUAAUGAUUGUUUCCUAGAGGAUCCUAGAAAACUUCUCUUCACAAGUGUUCCUGGCCUGACAGGCGUCUUUAUGGUAUUGGUGCUGUUCCUGAUGAUUACAGCUUCUACAUAUGCUAUCCGAGUUUCUAACUAUGACAUCUUCUGGUACACUCAUAAUCUCUUCUUUGUCUUCUACAUGCUGCUGAUGUUGCAUGUUUCAGGAGGGUUGUUGAAGUAUCAAACCAAUAUAGAUACGCACCCUCCAGGCUGCAUCAAUCUUAAUGGAACCCGGUACCGGAAUACUCACUUACCUGAAAAUCUCUCAGAACAUUUUCAUGAAUCUUUUCCUGGAGGGUUUUCAAAACCAGAUGAGGUUACCCGGAACACAUCUGUGAAGAUUUGUCAGGAAGAGCCCAGGUUUCAAGCUAACUUUCCACAGACUUGGCUUUGGAUUUCUGGACCUUUGUGCCUGUAUUGUGCUGAAAGGCUUUACAGGUGCAUCCGGAGUAAUAAGCCAGUCACCAUCACCUCCGUUAUCAGUCACCCUUCAGAUGUUAUGGAAAUUCGAAUGGUCAAAGAAAAUUUUAAAGCAAGACCUGGCCAGUAUAUCACUCUACAUUGCCCCAGUGUGUCUGUAUUAGAAAAUCAUCCAUUUACCCUCACAAUGUGUCCUACUGAAACCAAAGCAACAUUCGGGGUCCACCUUAAAAUAGUAGGAGACUGGACAGAACGACUUCGAGAUUUACUACUUCCUUCAUCUAGUCAAGACUCUGAGAUUCUGCCCUUCAUUCAGUCUAGAAAAUAUCCCAAGCUAUAUAUUGAUGGUCCAUUUGGAAGUCCAUUUGAGGAAUCAUUGAACUAUGAGGUUAGCCUCUGCGUGGCCGGAGGCAUUGGAGUAACUCCAUUUGCAUCAAUACUCAACACCUUGCUGGAUGACUGGAAACCUUACAAGCUUAGGAGACUGUAUUUUAUUUGGGUGUGCAGAGAUAUCCAGUCCUUCCGUUGGUUUGCAGACUUACUCUGUGUGUUGCAUAAUAAGCUUUGGCAAGAGAACAGACCUGACUAUGUCAACAUCCAGCUGUACCUCAGUCAAACAGAUGGGAUGCAGAAAAUAAUUGGAGAAAAAUAUCAAGCGCUGAAUUCAAGACUUUAUAUUGGACGUCCUCAGUGGAAACUCCUGUUUGAUGAAAUAGCAAAAUGUAACAGAGGGAAAACAGUCGGUGUGUUUUGCUGUGGACCCCGAUCAAUUUCUAAGACUCUUCGUAAACUGAGUAACCGAAACAACUCGUAUGGGACAAGAUUUGAAUACAAUAAAGAGUCUUUCAGCUGAAAA